CCGAAGACGGAUAGUUCCGCAACCGAUGACGGACCCUGCACGCGUGGGUGAGAGCGCCUCGGCCCGCUGCAGCUGCAGACCGCGCCACAGUGGUCGCCUCGCUUUCAACCCCAGACCACAGCUAUUGGACCGUUGGCCUGGCCCACCGCCGUAGCUGCUGCUGAUUCCUUCAAGAAAGGAGCGUCCUGCCUGCACGCCAAUUCGCUGGCUGCUGAUUUUUCGGGACCGACGGCGGUGAGCAAGAACUUCAUGGAAUCACCCUAUAUUCAACAUUUUUCCCACCCGUGCUCGUCCGAAUGGACGGACUUGUGCUGGCACUCGACACAGGAACACAAGGACUGGAAAGGUGAGGUUCCAGGGUUCCUCUUUCUGGAGCACUCUGGCUGUAGCAGGGACAGCGCUGAUGAAGCAGCUUUUACUCAUCCUGCGCCCAGCUCCCAUGACGCCACAGCAGCCCGUCGCCCAGCGGAGCGUCGAGGGGAGCCGCGCAAAGAACGCACCGCCUUCAGCCGCAGCCAAGUGGAGACGCUCGAGGCGGAGUUCUCGCAGCGAAACUACCUGACCCGGCUGCGGCGCUACGAGAUUGCCCUGGCCCUGGACCUCACCGAACGGCAGGUCAAGAUAUGGUUCCAGAACCGGCGCAUGAAGUGCAAGCGCAGCCGGACCGCACUAAAGGCGGAGUGGGCGCCUAGUCCGUCUGUACCGAAGAGUCCUUUUCUUCUGCAGGCUGACACAGAUCAAAAGAAAAUCAUCCCAGCGGGCUGUGCUGAAGCCUCCGAACCCAACUGCUUCAACUAAUUACAGGACUAUUUACACGUUAUUAUUUUUUCUGCGUCACUGCGAUGUAUAUCGCGUUUUCUUUCAGAGAACUUAAGCCAGCUGUACUCGAGACGUACUUCUGAUUCAAAGAUACUAGGACCAUGGCCACAUCCAUCCAUGGUGCAAAAGACUAUUUGUGAACUGGUGUAGUUUACAAAGUUCACUAGGCUAGACGGACAGUUUACGGUCUUCAUGUGCAACAUCCAGCAUGCCAGCAGUGUUCAAUUUCUCCCUCUUUUCCUCUAACAUAAUUUCCUUUACCACGAGUGCAGCGUAAAAAAUCGGACAGCCGUCCGGUUGACGUUCCAGCCUUUGCACUCUUCGCUUUCUUUUUCUCUCUGCUCGAUAUACGACACUAUCAGAAUCGGACCGCUACGCACAACUCUGAAACUAUGUGGAACUGGGAGAAAACGUGCUUAUAUCCAGAAUCCAUAUAUGCAAAAUAAAUACAUCGAAAUAUGCCAUUA